AUGCCUGACUCAACUUUCAGAUCUUUUCACAGCCUCAGUGUUAAGCAUCCAGGCUUUGCAAUUCAUCCGAGGCUUUGGACCUCACAUCAUCUUUCCAUCGUAAACUGCACAUUCCAGCAGGUCGAAACUGGCGACGCAUACGUCCCUGUGGGUUUUUAUACCCAAACUGCCGAACGCCUCGCUGAGUCGGCCAAGAAGCUCGCUCGUGGAGACACCCCCGACACGAAGUUUCUCUGGGUAGAGAGUCUCCUUCUUCGGGAGGGAACAAGCCCCAUUGCCUUUAUCACGACACCACUCUCUUUCUACUAUGGCAAACGUCGAGUCCGCCUGGCAGAUUCGCAUGUCCACAUCUUCUGCAUCAAAGAAGAGAUUUCUAUCCCGCAUGUUGAUCCUGUAAUGGGCUACUACAGGUACAACGCAGACGAGCAGCGCCAGAAGAGGUUUCGCGCGCCGCGUGCCCCAAGCGGCCUGAACAACAACCCUGUUCAACGCAAGUAUGAUACUAGAUAUCGCAAGGUGACCCCUGAAGAUUUGCGAAAGGACCCGUACCUUGUUUGCAUCCUGCUGAGCUUGGCACAGCUGCAGCAUCGUAAGUCCUAUGGUCCCCGAGGGCUGUUCUUGGCACGCCUUCUUGUUACACACUUGGCGGACCAUACCGACGCGUACGUCUACAAGGCGGAUAUUCCGCAUCAGCUCCUCGAGAGCCUAGAUCAUCCUACCCGUAGCAUCGAAGACUUCGACUUUCCCACGGUCCGCUACGUAAAGGUCCCGUUCAAACCUUACUCCACCUUUGCGGAACGUGUCCAGAUUCAUCUGGCCGGCGCUGAGUACUCCCCACGUCCUGAACCAGGUCGUUCUGAUCAGGUGGCAUCUUCGGAACCACGAGGCAAGAAGCGAAAGCGUGAUGAGUAG